UAAUUGUCCGCUCAAUAUAUGUAUGAAAAGUGAAAACAUAAAGGGUCUGACGUUUGCAUUGCUUUUCAUAUGCAUUGAUAAGAAGAGGCGUUUCAUUGUGUCGGCCACUCAUCGCCUAUCGGUUUGUGUCGUCAAAACAUAUCGCACUAUAUAUGACACAAAAUCAUGUCUUUCUGUGGGUUUAAUAGACAUAAAUCUAAUGAUAAUCUCAUAGACAGUGACUAUAAUAGCGAUAAAUGUAUUGUUUUUGACAAACCAUUAGUCAGUCCAGUCGGCGAUUCGUUGAGUCCCUCGUCAUCGACCGUCUCUCUCAGCUCUGGCGGCGACCGCACAGAGAGGACACCCAUUCUCAGACAUGUCAGACUGUUCCGUAACCUGAGCGGCACAUCGAGUCCGGACAGAUCCACGUCCAGCCCUACUAGAAAUGUACAGCUCAAGCAUUUGACCACAUUUUCGGGUGUCUUUACACCCGUUUGUCUUUCAAUGUUUAGUGCAAUACUUUUCUUACGAAUUGGCUUUAUUGUCGGCAAUUCUGGUGUUUUGACCACUUUGUUGGAGCUCUUGUUAGCGUACACUAUAUUAGUGUUUACUGUGUUAUCAAUUUGUGCCAUCAGUACCAACGGCGCGAUUGAAGGCGGAGGCGCUUAUUUUAUGAUAAGCCGGGCGUUAGGACCAGAAUUUGGUGGAAGUAUUGGAACCCUGUUCUUCAUCGCCAAUAUAUUCUCCAGUGCUUUAUAUAUCACGGGUUGUGUCGAAGGAAUUGUCAAUAAUUUCGGGCCUUCGGGAGGAAUCGCCGCGUUAUUGCCGGACAGUCACUGGCAUUCAAUACUUUACGGUUCAGUCCUUAAUCUAAGCAAUACUAUGAUCUGUUUGAUCGGCGCUUCUCUAUUCGCGAAGACAACUGUUAUUAUAUUCAUAAUUGUUAUGAUUAGCACAGUAUCAGUGAUUGUAAGUCUACUUUUCCAAAACCCGCUCUCAAUGGAUGUGCCGCUAGAGAACCAAUAUUUUAGGGAUCACUUUAACGUUACUUCUCUUAAUUUUACGAGUUUUGAAUGGAAGACAUUCAAAGAUAAUAUGAAUCCGAAUUUUGGUAUUGAUUAUACGACCAAUGAUUUGACAACAUUUCCCGUCGUAUUCGGUGUACUGUUCAGUGGUGUGACCGGUAUUAUGGCGGGCGCUAACAUGUCCGGCGAACUCAAAGACGCCGGAAAAUCCAUACCUCGAGGAACUUUAGGCGCCGUGUUCUUUUUGACCGCUUCCACUUGUCCGGGGGAACUUUUGCAAAAUAACUACUUGUUUAUGCAAGACAUCAACUUUUGGCGCCCAUUCGUGGCCAUCGGUAUAUUCGCGGCCACACUGUCCGCAUCGUUAAGCAAUCUAAUCGGCGCCUCUCGAGUGCUCGAAGCCGUCUCUAAAGACAAUUUGUUCGGUAAACUUCUUCAGCCAAUAAACCGUUUCUCACGCGCCGGGAAUCCGAUCGCCGCCGUAAUCGUCACGUGGUUUACGGUUCAGUGCAUUAUAUUAAUUAAUAAACUCAAUCUCAUCGCACAAAUCACAUCCGUAUUCUUCUUGUUGUCCUAUUUCGCCAUAAACUUGGCCUGUCUUUCGCUUACACUCACCUCUGCGCCCAACUUUCGGCCCUCUUUUAAUGAUAGCGGCGUAGAGCGGCCAAUCAUUCCUAUAGAUGUGGUCUUUCCGGAGAAGUACUUAAAAGAGGGCCGAAAGUUGGGCGCAGAGGUGAGUGUAAGCGAAAGACAGGCCAAGUUUAUGGCGAAAUAG